AUGAAAGUAUUGAUUUAUCACAUUGUGAUUCCAAUUAAUUUAUUCCUUUUUUAGAAGCUAAUUGAGAAGGAUUAUUAAUAAAAGGAAAUAUUGUCAAAAUAAACAUAGUCCAUAAUUGCAUCAGAAUAUUAAGUAUUUGUUUCAUAAAAGAAGAAAUAAAAAUUGGAAUUUAAAUAAGCCUUGUGAAAAGCUAUUAAAUAAUUUAAGAACCAAUGACGAUUCCAAUGCCUGGGAAUUAAUAAAGGGAAUUGACAAAAAUUAUCAAAAACUGAUAAAAAUGAGCUGUCAGCGUUAAAAAAACUGUUAAACCUAAGUAAUUCAAACACCUUUAGAAAACAUAUCCCAAAAAGAAUGA